AGGAACACAAAACAGCAGACAGGCAAGCACUAUGGAGGCUGCAGCUGCUAAAUUCUUGUUCCAGACUGCAGUGACUCAGAUCUGUCACUCUGCCAGAGAUAUCCAGCCGCAUUCUCUCCAUCCAAGAGAACAGCCAGAAAGCACCCCUACAUUAUGGAGACCCUGGAUUCUCACAGCAAGAGAUGCUGAACUGGGACGUCAAGGAAUGUCUGAACUGGACGGUGAUCAGAGAAAUUUUAGCUCAAAAGGAGCUUUGGGGUUUCAGCAUCCAGUGAGACUUUAUUUGCCCAAAUCUAAAUCUCAGAAGUUCCUACACAACAUUGGAAAGAAGGUUCUGGCCAGUUUUCCAGUACAAGCCACAAUUCAUUUCUACAACGACGACUCUGAUUCUGAAGAUGACGAGGAAGGAAGGAAUUCAGCUUUAUAAUGAACGUACUCAGCCUCUGAGGACCAUGUAAAUGAAGAGACAAAAAAUGGCCUCUAAUGUGUUUACUAGCAAAAAUCAUAUAAACCAAAAAACAGAUCUAAAGCUCAUGUGAGAAUCAUCUUCUUGCUGUCAUGUGAAAAAUAGUGGGGAGAUGCAAAUGGCAACAAACAUGGAAGGUUUGUUUUCCUUUUGGGAGGCUUACAGGAACAAAAGUCCUUAGAGCAGUUUUUAGAAUUUUAAGUUGCAAGAGCUUAGUGUGGUCCCCAAACUCACUCUGGCUGGAGUAACAUCUGUAUUAAGACCAUUAAUGUCACUGUUACCAUUGCACUGUGUUCAGCACAAAUGCCAUAUUAUGUUGUGUUGGAAGAUGAAAAUAUAUGCCUGAUUAUGGGAAAAAUA